UGCCGGGAGGAAGCAUGCAGAAUCGGGAGGCGCUGGCCGCGGGGACCGCUUCCCAACCCCAGCAGUAGAAUUGCAACCUUGCCAAUGGACCUGAUUGGUUUCGGUUAUGCGGCCCUUGUGACCUUUGGAAGCAUCUUGGGAUAUAAGCGGAGAGGCGGUGUUCCAUCUUUGAUUGCUGGUCUUUUUAUUGGAUUUUUGGCUGGCUAUGGAGCCUACCGUGUCUCCAAUGACAAGCGAGAUGUCAAACUGUCACUGUUUACAGCUUUCUUCCUGGCCACCAUAAUGGGUGUGAGGUAUAAGAGAUCGAAGAAAAUCAUGCCGGCUGGGCUGGUUGCAGGUUUAAGCCUCAUGAUGAUUCUGAGACUUGUCUUAUUGCUGCUCUGAGAAUCCAAAGGAACGGAAGACUAAAUUCAUGUGAUUCUACGGGCAGAGCGUACACUUUGUAUUUAAAAGAUAAGCUUCAACGUGGAAUGUUAACUGUCUUAUUUUACGUUAGAAGCAACAGAAAUGCUCCAAAAUGAACAGGAGUUUGAGGGAUUUUUUUUUUUAAACCAAAAACUCAGCUGUUUUCUACUUGUCAAAUAAUGAUUUUGUUAAAGAUAUUUAAUAAAUCAUUAUACAC